AUGGGGCUCGCAGCAGAUUUGACGCCCUCGACGGCGCAGAUGGAGGCAAAGGUCGCCGCUGUCUCUCGUCGCUCUGCGCUGGAUCUCGAUAUACAUGCGAGCUGCUCAGCGUUGGUUGAAGAGCUCACAGAGCCGCCCAAUGCCGUCGGUCUGGUUCAAGAUAUCCUGGCCGGCCUCGACGCUGGUCAGGGCACCGCCUCGGAUGCGCUCAGCCGUGUGGCCGACCUGCUCAUCGACCCGUCCUGCACUGUAUCCGUCGCCGCUCAGUUCAAGCCCGUACUGCUCGAGCUCCUCGCCCGGGUGCUGAAGCGGAUCGACGCUUCCAACGGUGCCCAUGCGCAGGCGACGAUCCAAACGAUGCAUGCCUUUGCGCUGCUCAUCAGCAUAUUCCCCGAGAUUCACGAGCUACUCUCGCAUUUCCUCGCCACAUUCGCCUCGGCUUCCUUCCUGCACGGCAUCACGGCAGAGCAGCCCGAGCUGCGCAAUCAGGUUCUGCUCGACCUUUUGCGCAUCGCCUCUGCUGCUCCCUUCUCGCUGACUGACGAGGUCGGCACAUCCUACACACAAUGGGCGCAUUCGAUCCUCAGCGCCUCGGAGCCUUCCGACUCGCUUCCCACGCGUCUGCUCGCCGUCGCGCUCUUCUCUGCGCUCCAGAACAGCAGCGAACAGGCGAGGAUCGAGCUGCAGCGCAAGUGCCUCAACCUCGGAUCGACCGACGUUUUCGACCAGUACGCAAUCGAAGCCACCGCCGCACUUGCCUUUGAACCCGCGGGCAUCAACGUCUGGACGCUCGAAGUGGAAGAGUUCAGUCGGAUCGACCGAACCCGAAGCCUCGUCAUGUCGCGCCAAGUCGCUUUCCUUCCGCACGCCUCGGAUGCUGCCGACACCCAUCCGGCUACAAAUGCUCAAAAGCCUCGUUUGCAUGCUCGGCUGUCGAGUACAGACCUCUCGGCCGAGGUGUGCUGCAUCGGAGGCGUCCUUCUCUCUUGCUCGCCACGCAGCGAUCGACAAUCGGCUGCCACGCGAUCUCACGAUCCAUUCGUCGAGACCGAGGGCAUCACUUCGGCGCUUUCCGACCUCGCCGUUCGCCUGAGCCUCAACUUCCCCAUCCUGCUCUCCGGCCCACCUUCGAGCGGCAAGUCCACCUUGAUCCGCCACCUCUCGCAACUGCUCAAGGGCGCCGAGUCGUCUUCGGCCGCAACCCAUAUUCUCACCAUCCAGCUCGGCGACCAGUCUGGUAUCGAUGCCAAGCAGCUCCUCGGUUCGUUCGUCUCCAGCCCAACCCAGCCCGGCAAGUUCGAAUGGACCGAGGGCGCCCUCACGCGCGCCGUCCGCCAAGGCAAGUGGGUCGUCCUCGAAGACAUCGACAAGGCCGGCUCCGAGGUGCUCAGCACCGUCGCACGCAUCGUCCAGCAGCUCGGUCCCACCAAGGCCGUCGGCUUGCGGCCCGUCAUCGACCUCGGUACUCGCGGAAAGGUCACCGCCGGCGCCGGCUUUGCUCUCUUCGCCACUCGCUCCGUCGCCUCCUCCUCUUCCUCUGCAAAAAAAGCAGCCGCCUCCUCCAUUGCUACCUUCCUCGGCGCCUCGCAUUGGUCCGAGGUGACCAUCGAUGCUCCUUCUCUGCAAGAUGUGGGCACUAUCUUGACCAACAAAUCGCCUCGGCUUGCCGAAUCGCAACCGCGCUUCGUCGAGCGUCUCGUAGCCACCUGGUACAAGCUUCAGCGCGCCACCCAACCUUCUACGCACGGCGCCGCCCAGGCUACGGGCACCAAUGCAGGCAGCGUGCGAGUGGCGACGCUCCGCGAUCUCAUCAAGUGGUCCCGCCGCGUCGAGCGCCUCUUGGCCGCGGAUCAGGCCAUGCUCAGCGACCCGCUCACCAACCCGGUUCAGCAGGAGGAGAUCUUUAUUGAAGCAUGCGACAUCUUCUUGGGCUCAGUGCCUCCGGCCUCCGAUGUUCUGGGAUCAGGCACAGCUGCAUCAUCAGCCGCAUCUACCUUGCAGACCUCGAGAUCGACCAAUGGCAAGCAAGUCGACCGCUACGGUGCUUUGGUGGAGCUCUUGGCCGAAGAACUCGGCCUCACCAGCGAGCGCGCUUGGUGGGCGCUCAAGCAGCGCAUCCCGGAACUGUCCGUCAGGUCUCUCGAUUCGACCACCGACGCGGUUGCCAUGAGCGCAGCCGUCGACAGCGCCACGAGCGCGAUCCGCGUCGGCCGCUGCGAGCUUGCUCGUAGAUCCAAGGCCACGGCCAAACGCGCCAUGCCCGUCUCGAGAAAGUUUGCCAUGACAAAGCCUUCGUUGCUGCUGCUCGAGAGGCUCACCGUGGCCACGGCGCUGGCAGAGCCCCUUCUUCUCGUCGGUGAAACGGGAACCGGCAAGACCACCGUCGUUCAGCACCUCGCCUCGCUCCUUGGCCAGCCCAUGACGGCGCUCAACUUGAGCCAGCAGACCGAGAGUGGAGAUCUCCUCGGAGCAUUCAAGCCGCUCGAUCCCAAACUGCCUGCCACCGAGCUGCACGACCAGUGGAGCUCGCUCUUCGCACGCACCUUCUCCUCCCGCCGCAAUGCACGCUUCGUCGAUGCCGAGCGCAAGGCCUUCGUUGCUGGCAAGUGGUCGCGCCUGGCCCUCCUGUGGCGCGAAUCUGCCAAGAUGGCGUCUCAACGCAAGAAGGGCUCCACCAACGCCAACGGUACCGAAACAGCCGAAGAAAGCAUCACCGACCCGGCUGCCGACGUUCGCCCCAGCUCGGCUUCCCGCAAGAAGCGCAAGACCGAGAAGGGAGCCACGGAAGGCUCGCCCGCCGAUGUCGACGAUGCGCGCGCCGAGGCCGAGCUCGAUCGCGAGUGGCUCGACUUUGACGAAAAGGCGCGAGCCUUCGGUCUCCAGCAUGGCAGCAAGAAGAAGAACCUCGUCUUCUCCUUCGUCGAAGGCCCCUUGGUCAAGGCACUGCGUCAAGGCGAUUGGCUCCUGCUCGACGAGAUCAAUCUCGCAGCCGCAGAGACGCUCGACAGCCUCACUGGCCUCCUCCAGUCUCCCACGUCCAGCAUCACCCUCACCGAGCGCGGCGACCUCGAGCCCAUCCCGAGGCAUCCCAACUUCCGCAUCUUCGCCUGCAUGAACCCGGCUACCGACGUCGGCAAGAAGGAUCUUCCCGCCAGUCUGCGAUCCCGCUUCACCGAGCUCUACGUGCCCAGCCCCGACGCCGACCGCGAAGCGCUCACCGCCAUCGUAGACAAGUACAUCGGCGAGCAUGCCCUCGGCGAUCGCGGUGCCGUGAUGGAUGUAGCCGAGUGCUACACCGAGAUCCGUCGUCUGGCCCAACAGCACCAGCUCGCAGAUGGUGCCAACCAGCGCCCACACUACUCCAUCCGCACCCUGUCGCGCGCCCUCACCUUUGCCACCGACAUUGUCCCUCAGUACGGCCUCCGUCGCAGUCUUUGGGAAGGCUUCAUCAUGGCGUUCACCUUGCUUCUCGACGAGGCCAGCGCCAGGCUUGUGCGCGGCAUCAUCGAACGUCACACUCUGUCCAAGGCCAAGAAUGCUCGCUCCAUCGCCACGUACGUCCCGCCCGCGCCGGAUGGGGCUGACGAUGGCAAGUUCGUUCAGGUUGGACCCUUCUGGCUGCCGACGGGCCCCGCACCGUUGGAUGCGGCCGAGGACUACAUCCUGACACCUUCGGUACAGAGCAAGCUUGUCGGUCUCUCGCGAGCAGCGCUGGUGCGCCGCUUCCCCGUCCUGAUCCAAGGCCCAACUUCCGCAGGUAAGACCAGUGCCGUCGAAUAUCUGGCCCGACGCACCGGCCAUCGCUUCGUCCGCAUCAACAACCACGAGCACACCGAUAUCCAAGAAUACAUCGGCUCGUAUGCGUCUGACCCGGACUCGGGCAAGCUCAGCUUCCAGGAAGGCCUGUUGGUCAAGGCGCUGCGCAGAGGUGACUGGAUCGUUCUGGACGAGCUCAAUCUCGCGCCUACCGACGUCCUCGAGGCGCUCAACCGUCUCUUGGACGACAACCGCGAGCUCGUCAUCCCCGAGACUGGCGAGGUGGUCAAGCCCCACCCUCACUUCAUGCUCUUCGCAACGCAGAAUCCGCCCGGUCUGUACGCCGGCCGCAAGGUGCUCAGUCGCGCCUUCCGUAACCGCUUCCUCGAGCUGCAUUUCGACGAUGUCCCUCGCGCCGAGCUCGAGACCAUCCUGACCAACCGCUGCAAGAUCGCACCAUCCUACUCGUCCCGCAUCGUUGGUGUCUUUGAAGAGCUGCAGAAGCGUCGUCAGGCCGGACGUGUCUUCGAGACCAAACAGGCUUUUGUCACGCUGCGCGAUCUCUUCCGCUGGGGAAAUCGAGAGGCGGUUGGCUACCAGCAGCUUGCAGAGAAUGGCUACAUGCUCAUCGCUGAGCGUGCGCGCCGCGCUGAUGACAAGAACAUCGUCCAAGAGGUCAUCGAGAAGGUCAUGCGCGUCAAGCUCAACGUCGAAAGCAUGUAUCGACUUGAAGGUCCCGACAGCGACGCGACGCUAUCUCGCAUCGGCACGGGCAUUGGUGGAGCCAUCGUCGCGGCCCUCUCGCAGACGAGCAUCGUGCAGACCUCUGCGUUCCAACGUCUGCUGUGCCUGGUGGCGACCAGUCUGCGCUACAAUGAACCUGUCCUCCUCGUCGGAGAGACGGGUGCCGGCAAGACAUCCGUGUGCGAGGUGCUCGCUACUGCCUUUGGUCGCCAGCUGCAUUGCGUCAACUGCCACCAGAACACGGAUACGGCGGAUCUGCUUGGUGGUCAACGUCCGCUCCGCAACCGAGCUGCCCUGCAAAGAUCGGCCGCGGCAUCUUGCAUCGAAGUGCUUUGGAGCCUCGGCAUCGCUCACGAGCUGAACGCACAGAGCAAGAUGGAGGACGUCUCGUCGUUUGUGGAAGCAGUCCUGUCCAAGGAGCAGGAGCACUUGGCCUCGCUCGAAGAGGCGUCCAGGGACGAGGCGAGGUCGGCGCUUCGCACUGCCCUGCGCAGCGUCUACCAAGCCACUGCCCUCUUCGAAUGGCAAGAUGGUCCGUUGGUCCAGGCGAUGCGCGCCGGCGACCAUAUCCUGCUCGACGAGAUCUCGCUAGCAGACGACAGCGUUCUGGAGCGCCUGAACAGCGUCCUCGAACCCGCGCGCACGCUCGUCUUGGCAGAACGAGCCACCUCGUCGAGUCAUCUGGGCUCAGAAGCUGAUCUGAUGUCAUCCCAGAUCACCGGGGCGGAGGGUUUCCAGGUGCUGGCGACCAUGAACCCUGGUGGCGACUACGGCAAGAAGGAGCUCUCUCCAGCUCUGCGCAAUCGCUUCACCGAGAUCUGGGUUCCUCACGUCGACAUCCGCAGUGAUCUGGUGCAGAUCAUCAACGCGCAGUGGAAGGAUGCGAGUCUGGCCGCCUGGACGGAACCCAUCAUCGACUUCUCGGACUGGUUCAUCCACCAGAUCGGUGGUCGCGAUCAGUCUGGUCUCGGUCUUCGCGACCUCCUGACGUGGGCCUCUUUCAUGAAUGAGAUCUCGGCCAGAUCAUCUCUCGAUGCAGCCCUCGCAUUCGCUCACGGUGCCUCGCUGACGAUCAUCGAUGGUUUGGGCGCGCUGCCCGCCACAGCCGCCAUGACCGCGUCGGGUCUGGAGCAGCUCAGAAACCGCUGCCUCGCCAAGGUCGCGGAACUCAUCGCACCUCACCAGUACGACCCCAAGAUGUCCAGUCUCUUCGAGGUCGAAGUGUCCAGCAAAAAGCUGCGCAUUGGUCCGUUCUCCGUCCCGCGCGGCCAGCCAGACCCGUCCACCCAGGGUUCUGGCUCGUUCAGCUUCGGAGCAAAGACAUCGGCAUCCAAUGCCAUGCGAGUGCUCCGUGCUUUGUCGGUUCCAGCAAAGUCGGUCUUGCUGGAAGGCAGCCCCGGUGCGGGCAAGACCAGUCUGAUCACUGCGCUUGCUGCUGCUGCUGCCCUCCCGCUGACGCGCAUCAACUUGUCCGACCAGACCGAGCUUGUCGACCUCUUCGGCUCAGACAUGCCUCUGGAAGGUGGCGGUCCGGGCGAGUUUGCUUGGCGCGACGCGGCCUUCCUCACCGCCAUGCAGCAAGGUGAGUGGGUGCUGCUCGACGAGAUGAACCUUGCCUCUCAGACGGUGCUCGAGGGCCUCAAUUCGUGCCUGGAUCACCGUGGCACCGUCUACGUCCCCGAGCUUGGCCGCUCCUUCGCCAAGCAUCCCGACUUCCGCAUCUUCGCGGCUCAGAACCCUCAUCACCAGGGUGGAGGCAGGAAGGGUCUUCCGAAGUCGUUCCUCAACCGUUUCAUCAAGGUGCAUAUCGAAGAGCUCGACGGUGACGAUAUUCUUGCGAUCAGCACGCAUCUGUAUCCAAGCUUCGACACAGAGCAGCUCCAAAGCAUGAUCCGCUUCAACUUUGAGCUGCACAACGAGGUAGUCGUCAAGCACUCGUUCGGAAGAAUCGGCGCGCCAUGGGAGUUCAAUCUCAGAGAUCUCAUGCGAUGGCUCGACCUUCUGCACACCGAUCUGGGCCUCAACAAGCUGGGCGAUCCCAUCGAGCAUCUCGCUUCUCUCUAUGUCCAGCGUUUCCGCACGGCCUCGGAUCGUCGCACUGCGCGAGAACUCUUCAAGAGGUCGUUCCGCGGCGCCGCUUCGAGUGAGCCUCGCAUGGUGUCCACGGUCACCGCCAAUCACGUGCGCAUUGGGCACGCCGUCAUGCCGCGGAAGCCUGCCUCGGAACUGCAGAGCCACCGCCUGGCGCUCCUGCAGAGUCAACUCCCCGUGCUGGAAGCCUUGAUCGACUGCGUUCAGAAGAAGUGGCUCUCGAUCCUCGUGGGCCCGACAGGAAGCGGCAAGACUAGCGUCGUCAGACUCGUGGCCCAACUUGCCGGCGCUCGCUUGGAAGAGUUCCAGAUGAACUCGGGCACCGACACCAUGGACCUCAUCGGCACAUUCGAGCAGUACGAUCCAAGCACCCGCACUCAGAGCGCUCUCGCUGCUCUCGUUCGCGAGGCACAGCGCCUGUCCGAGCAGGUGGCCGCGCGAAGCCAUUCGCGCUACUCGUCGUUCUUGUCAGCUCAAGGCACGCUGAAAGCCGCACUAGGCUCGUCCCAGAGCUCUCCGUCCUCGGAGCUCCUCUCGGCUGCGCUGGAAGACGUCCGCAACGCGACGGGCGACGUGAGCGACGAAGCUUUCAGGACCACCUUGGAAAAUGCUGUUGCCGUCGUCGCCGAAACGACGCAGAGCACGCCGGAUGCGCAAAAAUCGACCGGCAGAUUCGAGUGGAUUGACGGACCUUUGCUGCGCGCUCUGCAAGAGGGACAUUGGCUCAUGCUCGACAAUGCCAAUCUUUGCUCGGCGUCGGUUCUGGAUCGUCUCAAUUCGCUCUUCGAGCCGAACGGCUGUCUCGUCAUCAGCGAGCGCGGUGUCGUCGAUGGCAAGGUGCCCGUCAUCCGACCGCACCCGAACUUCCGCGUCUUCAUGUGUCUCGAUCCGCGACAUGGGGAGCUGUCGAGAGCCAUGAGGAACCGAGGCAUCGAGAUCGCGCUGCUGCCAAAGACGGACUCCACCUCUCACGACCUGGACAGUCUUGCGAUGCUCAGUGGCUGUACUCAUACGCAGUCUUCGGCCCCGUCUCGAUCGACUCAGGAUGAGCUGAUGGAAGCUGCCAUCCACGCGCAACUGACGCAGCGCGCAAUCCUGACCGCUGAUAUGCUGCCAGACUCAAAGCGCGCAUCUCAGCGACGUGCAGCGGCUUGGACCACCAGCCAGCUUCCGCUGCGAAACUCGUCUCUCGCUUCGACUGCCUUGCCUCUAUACCUAGCAGGCGCGGACGAGCGUGGCUCUCGAGCCACCGCUUCGCUGUUGCGGUGCUUCCCUUCCGCUUCAGCAAGCAGCCUUUCUCUUCUGCAAGAAGUCGUCUCGUCUGGCAAGACUUUCCAUCCGCCCGGGCUCAGUCUUCGACAAGACCUGGUCAACGUUGGUCGUGUCUCGCAGGAAUUUGCUGACCGACUUGCGAUCGACCUACGAUACGAUGACAACGUCCUUGAUCUUCUCCAGUCGCACGGUCUGCCCCCUCAGAUGCUCGUUGACCUUCUGCUGAUGGCUCUGCUACACCGUCAAGAGGCUAGGAGUGUCCUCGAGUCAGCCUCGACAAAGCGACUCAACGACCUCAGCAUCCUCGAACGCUCCGCCCGGCUCAGCAGCACUGCAACGGUGCACGACGAAGAUCAGGCUGCGACCGCGGUCCGCAACGUCUUUCCGCUCGUCGUGACGGUCAGCAAUACGGUGAUCUCGUCUGUCCAGAGUCAAGCAGCUGCCUCUUGCGACUCGGCUACUCUGCGCCGGGUUGCCCUUCUGAUGCGCUCUGCUGAUUACCUCCAGAGCCUUUGCACCACUUCAGAGCUGGACUUUUCGUCGAUCCAGAUCUUGGUGCGAUUCAUGUCCAGCCUUGUGAGGGAGAUAAACGCCGGUGGCCUUGAUGUUGCUGCCGCCUUGACAGAGACCAUCGAUCUGCUUGGCGGCUCGUUGACUCUGACCACCGGCAAAGCUCUCUCCACGAUCUGGUCGCUCUACGGUGCAGACGAGGGCAUGCAGACCAACCUGUAUCGAUUGAUCUGUGACGAGGCGCAACUGCUUCGAAGCGCACCGUCAGGUGACCUUCUCAAGUCAUCCUUGGAUAUUGCCGCCACGCUCUGUAUCGCCGGCAAGCAGUCGGCUUCGCCGUCAGAGCUGCGCGACAUGAUGCAGCUUGGCUGGCAGACCCUAAAGAUGCUUCGCUCGGCAAGCAACAAAAUCGCCGCCGAAGCCCAAGACCAGCACGCUCGUUCAAGAGCCUCGGGGAAUGCGGAAGCGACGCUUCUCAGCAUGGCAGAGCUGUCAAUCAGGACGCCCGAGUGCCUUUCGGAUCCAACAAACGCUUCGAGGAUGAAGGUCAUCAUCGCCUUGCUCGAGUCUCACCCCUCUCCGUCCGUCCAGGCCGCCGCUGCAUCCAACAAGGCAGCGCUGUGGUGCCUUGCGCCCGGAUCUGCAAAGUCGAGUGCUCUGCUCAGCGACUUAAGCUGGAUCAGGCGUAUGUGGCCCUUCGGAUCCACUUCAGGCUCCACAUCUGGCGGACCGGCCGACCUCUUGCGCCCCAGUUUGGUGCACACUUUGCUGGACUCUCGCUUCGGCGACAGGUCGCUCUCGGAAAAAGCGCGUCACGACGUCGCGGUCGGACGGAUGAUCCAGACAGCUGGGGCUGUCCUGCCUGCCAGUUCGCCUUCGCGUGCCGAGAAGCUUGCACAGAUCCUUGUGCGCUUCGUGUGCCUCGUGUCCGAGACACUGUGCCGUGCGGCGCUGAAAGACUCGGCGGAUCUCAAGUCGCCAGUCUUGACGGGAAUGCUCACCGUGUCCGACUGCCAGAGCGCCUUGACUGCCGUGCUCGCGAGCCCGGAUGCACGCCUCACAGCGGACACUGCAGACGCUUUGACAGAAUGGACCUCAUUCCUUCAGAGCUUCUCCCUCUCCGAGACCGACGCCUCGGACGAGGAAGCCAGUACCGCGCUGCUUGGACGAGGAUGGAUCGCCGCCUCUCUCAUCAUGCUGCGUCUCUUCUUGCCGAACGUGGCAUUGGACCCCAUCGUCGCUCGCAGGACGAUGGCCGACUUUAAUGUUUUCUGCCGGACCCAGCUGGAGGACGCGCUGUCCCUCGAAGUCUUUGCCGAGUCGAUGGUGACAGGCGCUUCGCGCAACCGUGUGACGGACGAAUUGUGGGCACAGAUGGAGGAGAGCAAGUUGGCGCUGACUUCUCAAGGCGGCGACGACGGCCAGGCGUGGCGCAAGCCGAAUCUCAAGCUCCUGUCGCAGCUCUACCGCGAGACUUCAUCGUUCCUCAAGGAGGUCAUCGCAGCCAAGAGGGUCGAUGAUUUGGUUCAGGCUCUGCUCAAUGGACACUCUGAGCAGGCCCAGCAGCGCGAGGACAGUCUGCAAGCAAGCAUUCUGUCGUUUGGCGAUCGACUGCGCAAGACAUUCUCCGAGCUGCGGGACAUGGUGGAGCCAAUCACAGCUUCGUUGUCGCAGCUGCAACUCGGACUUGGCCUCGUUCGCCAGGCAGCCCGCAUCGCCUCCGCAUCUGAGGACGUCAAGCAGCGCGGUGCCAUCGUCCAAGCACUGAGCGCUUUCCCGACGACACGCAGCUCCUCUUUGUUCCGUCAAUUGGACCUGUCCGGUCAGCUGCAAGCACGCUCGGACGUCUCUGCCGCGCUUCUCAUCGUAUCGACCGCUUCUGUUGCCUACGAUCACACCGCACUCGGCAUUGAUGUGCUCGAGAAGCGCGAGACAUUGCGUGCCAUCAGUCGCACGUACGAGAGGGUGUUCCAGCUGUGGGCUCUCGACAGAGAGAGGGCCAAGCGCGAAGAGGAAGAGGCGACCAGUCUGUACAAAUCUCGCAAGGUCGAGGAGUCGAUCGAGCUGGAUGCGGAUGCCGAAGAAAGGGAGUUCCACGCCCUCUUCCCAGAAUAUGGCGACGAUGUCAUGGACGCACCCACGACCCGACGCGCUGCUCAAGAAGAAGAGCAGUCCGUCGGCGUGCUGUUGCCUUCUCACCGCUUCACUGCCGUCUUGAGCGCGCACAUGGCGAUCUUUGGGCCCUCGCGAAGCGAUGCUGGGUCUGAUCUGUAUCAUCGGGAACGUGAUGCGCUGGUCACCAAGCUCCUGCGGAAGCAUCAUCGCGACUGGUCAGAGCAGAUCGACCGAACUGGCGCCGCCUUCGGCAUUUCUGCUGCGAUCGACGAGCAUCUCGCGUCGAAGCAAACGGCUCGUGACUUCAACUUCUACCUCGAUCCCCGCCCCUCCGAGAUCCGCAAGGCAACCGUCAUCGUCGAGGAACUGCGUCUGCGCCUGGACGCUCUCAUCCAAGACUGGCCGGAACAGAUGGUGUUGCAGCACAUCCGAGACCGAUGCGAUGCUGUGCUCCGCCUCGACGCGGCGAGUCCGGUCGCCAAGAUGUUGAGCGCUCUUGAGCAACUGCUCACUCACACCGAAGACUGGGAGGGCUUCGCGAGCCAGCAAACCUCGCUCCAGUCCAACCGGGAGCGAAUCUCGGCUCAGAUCAUCGAGUGGAGGCGGCUGGAGCUGUCAUGCUGGGCAGAAUUGCUCAACACACAGGCCCGCAACUUCCAGGAAGAGCUUGGCGGCUGGUGGUUCCGCGUCUACGAGAUCGUCGUUCGCGGCACCCGCGCCGCUUCUGCGGACGGGCCUGACGCUUUCAAGAGCCACGUCGAGCAGCUGAUUGAUGCAGUGGAUCAGUUCGUCCGCUCGAGUCCCCUGGGUCAGUUUGAGGCACGUCUCUCCCUUCUCGAGUCGUUUGCGCACUUUGUCGAGAGGUUGGUCCGGCUGGCCCCUCCCAAGGAAAGUCGCGGCCUGAAGGAGGUCGGUGUCAUUCUGAAGAAUGUCACUACCUUCUUCCGUCAGUUCGACGAGCGCAUCUCAAACACCCUGCAGAGUCAGCGAGCAGUGCUGGAGAAGGACAUUCUGGGCUUCAUCAAGCUCGCGAGCUGGAAAGACAUCAACGUGCAUGCGCUCAAGCAGUCGGCGCAGAAGUCCCAUCGACAGCUGCACAAGACACUGCGCAAGUUCCGCGACAUCCUUCGUCAGCCUGUCGAUCCCAUGCUUGCAGCCCAUCUCGACGCUCUGACGCGCAAGGAGAUCCCUCCUGUGUCGCUCGAUAUGAUCCGGCAGCAAGCGGCGUCUGAGCCGAGCAGCCAGGCCAGUGAUGCUUGGGCGAAAGCAGUGCUGAUCGCCAGUCUCGAGGACUCAGCUCCGGAGCACAUCCGCAACCUGUCCAAGACUCUGACGAUCUUGCAGAAGAUGGGCGCUGACCGACUCCGACCGACGCUGCUCACUGCUACAACGACUGCCACCGGCGUGAGCGAUUUGGCCGAUGAGAUUGUCGAUCGCCAGCAGCAGCUCGCCAAGCUGACCCCCGCAUUCUCCAAGGAAGACAACGAGAAGGCGAUCAAGAAUCUCACCGCCCGCAAGCGCAAGGCGUGGUCGGAUCUGCUCAAGGAACUGCGUCGCGUCGGUCUGAGCUCGUACCUCAAGACCGACAUGGUUUCCAUGAACCAGAGCGUGGUGCACAUCUACACGCGUCCGUCGAUCUUGGAGGCUUGUCCCAAGUCGCUCUCCGAUGAGCUCUUCCCCACUCUGGAGAAGCUCUUCUUCCGCCUGCUUGCCGCGCUGCCGAAAGUCCGUGACUCUCUCCACGGACACAGUGCAGAUCUGUCGACCGCAGAGCUUCAACGUGGUGUCAACUACAUCGAGCACGUCACCCAUCUGGUUCUGCAGGAGAGGGAUCGCAUGCACUCGGAAAUGCAGACGCUCGCCUCGCUCGAGCAUCUCUCGGCUCGAAUGCACACUCUCCAGUCGGCACCGUUGGGCACAGCCACGCGCGUGUCCUCCCAGGCGCCGUUUUAUGCCCUCGCUGACUUCCUCGCACGCCUCGCAGCUGCCUUGGGCGAGGUCAGGGUGCAGGCUCCCAAGUUCCUUGCCACCACUGCUUUCCCUGCAGUGGCGAGCGACGCACUGAUGGGCCGACUGUCCAGCUGGGCCACCGAGCUCACGACGAGCGCUUCGCUGGUGGAGAAGUUGACAGAGGCAAUACGUGUUAGCGGUCCAAAUCGGCUCGCUUUCCUCACCGAGCAAGAACGGUCGCACGUUGAAGCCAGCGCAACGCUGGUCAAGUCGAUCGAGGAGGGUUUGCGCGAGCAUCUCCAAGUCCUGCCUGCUCUGGAAUCGCUGCUGCAUCCCGUUUGGACGUGGACCGCAGCCAACUUCGGCCUUUUCGAGAACUGUCUCGCGCAGACAAAGACGCCUCUUGGUGCCAGUCGCGAGACACAGGGUCUCGCGAAUCAAGCCAACAAGCUCAUCUCCGCCGUCCUGCAGAUUGCACAAGAUGUUCGGAAGACUGGCUCGGCGUCGGCAGCCGGCACUGUGUCCGCCGAUGGAGCUUCAGAUGGUCUGUCCGAUAAGAUCAUCAGCUCCGAGUUGCAGGCCUUGCAGGCGCAGCAGGCGAUGCUGCGGUCAGCGUCCGUCCUCUCCGAAGUGCAGAAUCUUUUCGAGCUUGCUCAGCAGCUUUCCAGGGAUGCUGAAGCCGAGACAUUCGUUCAGGUGCAGCUCGCAGCCGUCUAUCCCUUCUUGCAUGAAUUCUCGGCACUGCUUAGGACCCAUCUACUGGCGUCUGCGCACCUCUCGGCGAGUCUUCUCAAGCUCGACCAUGUGCUUUGCCAUCUGAUGACCGCUCUUGCAAGCAAAGGCUUCUGCAAGCCUCCCGAAGAGCAGGAGAACGAUGAUGGCGAGGGCGACGAUGGCGAGCAGCUCGAGGGAGGCACUGGCCUCGGCGACGGAAGCGGUGCUAAGGACAUCACCGAUCAGAUGGAAGACGACGAAGAGAUCGAAGAGCUGCAGAAAGACGAUCCAGCUGACGAGGGCGACGAAGGCGAGAAGACGGAGCGCGAGAAGAACGCCAAGGAAGCCGAUCAAGACUUUGGUGGUGACCUCGAAGACAUCAGCGGCGACGAAGAAGACGAUGCAGCGAGCAACCAAGACGGAGAUGACGCUGACGAGCAGGAACCUGAGGAUGCCGUCGGCGAUGUCGACCCGCUGGACCCGAACGCUGUCGACGAGAAGGUCUGGGACGGCGGCGAUGACGAGGACGAGAGCAAGAAGGACGCGCCCGAGGACCAGACCAACAAGGAUCUCGGGGCCGACAAUGCUGAUGGCGACCAAGAUGAUUCCGCGCCCAAGGCUGACGAUUCUGCUGCUGCUGCCGACGAUAAACAACAGAAGCAGGAGCAGGCAGCUGACAAGUCCCGCGAAGAGCAGCCGCAGGAGCAAGACAGUGGCGACCAGCCCGACGCCGACAAGGACGACGACCCGACCAAUGCUGAGGAUCGCGAUGGAGACGAUUCCGACGGCAUAGAAGAGGAAGAGCAGGAAGCGGAAGCAGACGCUCAGGGCGAGGGUGGAGGUCGCCAGCUCGACCAAGAGGCCGAACAAGCCGAGAAUCUUGAUCUCGACGACGAUCUCAACAUGGACGGUCUCGAUGGGAAGAGCGAAGGCGGGAGCGACGAAGACGACGACCUAGGCGACCUCAGCGACGUCGAAGACAUGCCUGAGGAUCGCAAGGAAGAGAAGGUGGACGAAAAGGCCAUGGACGAUCUCGUCGACGACAAGACGCAAGAUGAAGAGAUGAAGGACGGAGAAGAGCCUGACGCCGGCGCUGAAGCGCCAGAGCAGGAGCAGGAACAGGAGGCGAACGCGCAAGUCGACAAAGACGAAGGCGAAGACGCCAUGGAAGAGGAUGGCGAGGACGACGAGGACGAGUCCACGCGGAAGCAAGAUCGUGCGGCUGACGAAAAGCCUGCUGGUCCUCAGCAAAUCGAUGCCGAUCCGUUCGACACGGAUGCGGUGGAUCAAGGCGCCGAUGAGGGUGGCCAGGACGAGUCAGCCGUCCAGCAGCAAUCGUCGCGAUCGGCGCAAGGCAGGCGUGUCGAUGCGCGCCAGGAAAAAUCACAGGCCGACCAGGGCAUGGAUCCGGACGAUCUGGCCGAUGACGCGACCGAAGAUCAAGCCGCACAGCCGCCUUCAGCCGGUCAGCGUGGAGCACAAGCGCCCAAGGCUGAACGUGACGAGCCUUCUGGCGAGACGGAACAAGACGGCGCAGCCGAGGUCGACCCUAAUCCACUUCGCAGCCUGGGCGAUGCUCUGGAGCAGUUCCGUCGUAGGAUGCAAGAGAUCCAGAACGCCAGCGAGGACGAGAUCGAGCAAGAAGCCGGUGAAGAGGCAAAACCCGAUGGCGACGGUCUGCCCGAGGACGCCGAUGUGGAGCACGUUGCCAACGACGAAAAUGCCGAGCUGCAGGCUCUGGGUGCUGCGCAAGAGCAGGACGAGGUGCGCAAACUCGGCGACCUUGGCAUCGAAGAGGUCGACGAGUCUAUGGGCUCCAAGCCUCGGGCGCCUGAUGUCGAUGACCAGCAAGAGUCCGAGCCGCAAGCGCCGCAGCCGCUUCCCGACCAGCCGGAGAAAGAGGAUCGACAGCAGGCGGACGACGGUCAGCAGAAGGCAUUCAUGCCCUCGGAUCUGAAGCCGGCAAGCUCUGUUCUGACAGCCGAACAGGAAGCGAAGCUCGACCGCGACGGCGACGCGAACAUGGAGGACGAUGUGCAGAUCAAGGAGGAGCAGGACGAGGAGGACGCCAUGACGCCGCUGCCGGACGACGUGCGCGAAGAGGCCGACGAAGAGGUGCAGCAGCAGCUCGAGGCAUUCCGCAGCGUCGCCUCGAGCGAAGAGCGGCUUGCUCGAGCGGGAGAUCUGUGGCGUUCGUACGCCUCGCUGACGGCCGACCUCGCUUUUUCGCUGUGCGAACAACUGCGGCUCGUCCUGGCUCCGACGCUUGCAACGCGGCUCAACGGCGACUUCCGCACGGGCAAGCGCCUCAACAUGCGCAAGAUUGUGCCAUUCAUCGCAUCGGACUUUGCCAAGGACAAGAUUUGGCUGCGACGCACCAAGCCGUCGUCGCGUGAGUACCAAGUGCUGCUGGCGAUCGACGACAGUCGCAGUAUGUCUGAGUCGCGCUCUGCGCAUCUGGCGUACCAGACGCUGGCGCUGGUGACGGGCGCGCUUUCGCGCCUCGAGGUGGGCGACGUGUCGAUCUGCCGCUUUGGAGAAGAUGUGGAGAGCUUGCACGACUUUGGCAAGGGCAGCUUCAACGAUCAGAACGGCGCGCACGUCAUCGACCGCUUGGGCUUCCAGCAGAGGAAGACCAAUGUGCUCCAGCUCGUGGAGCGCUCGCUCGACACGCUCGCCGAGGCGCGUGCCGCAAGGCCGUCUUCGUCUGCGUCUCAAGGCGGCGAUCUGUGGCAGCUCGAGAUCAUCAUUUCGGAUGGUAUCUGCCAGGACCACGCUCGGCUUCGCUCACUGUUGCGCCGAGCGGCCGAACAGCGCGUCAUGCUGGUCUUUGUCAUCAUCGACUCGCUGCAACCGGCGCCGACGGCCAGUGGAACUUCUACGCCCGGUGGAGCAGGGGCAGCCACGCCCAAGGCAGCAGCGCUGCAGCAGGCAAGGAGCUCGAUUCUCGACAUGACCAACGCAUCGUACCACACCGACGCCAACGGGCGCCUAGAGCUCAAGAUGGAGCGCUACAUGGACACGUUCCCCUUCGACUACUACGUGGUGGUGCGCGAAGUCGAGGCGCUGCCUGAGGUGCUCUCGGCGACGCUGCGCCAGUGGGUCGAGAAGAUCCGCGAGACCGAGUCGUAA